UUGGCUAAAACAAAGUCUAAACCUGCCCUGUCUACAUAUUUGCCACAUGCCCGCCUCUAAAGUUGGCCAAGAAAAAACAAAUACUUCUCCAUUUUGCCAAAAACAACAUUAAUAACACAUUUUCACCUGCAAAAUCUGCAUUAACUUCAACGGAUUUUUCUUCCACCAACCAAGCAACAUGAAAUCAUCUCUCUCCUUAACCCUCCUACAAUCUCCUUCACCAUUUUUUAAUCACACUUCUAAACUCUCUCAAUAUCAUUCAUUUCCUGUCAUCAAAUGUCAUCAGCAAUCAUCGGCUCAGAAAUCAAGCCUCACUAAUCUAAAGGCUAUAAUGGCUAAGACAAGGAGAAAGAAAGGACUUGAAGAUUUAAGUGAUGAACUUUAUGAGAUUGCGUCUCUAAAUCUUGAUCAUGCUCCUGCACGCAGACGAGUCCGAUCUGCUUUCAUUCAGUUUCAUCGGCAACUUGAUCAUGUUUUGUUUAAGCUUGCUCCUCCUGGGAUCAGAACAGAGGAGUGGUACGAGUUGAACUCAAAAGGGCAGGAGAUUUUUUGUAAGAGCUGGUUGCCAAAAGAAGGAGAUCAAAUUAAAGGUGUUGUAUGCUUUUGUCAUGGAUAUGGUGAUACCUGCACUUUUCUAUUUGAAGGUAUUGCAAGAAGAAUUGCAGGAUCUGGGUAUGGAGUAUAUGCUGUGGACCAUCCUGGUUUCGGUCUGUCUGAUGGAUUGCAUGGAUACAUUUCAAAUUUUGAUGAUUUAGUUGAUAAUGUGAUUGAACAAUAUGCAAAAAUUAAAGGAAGGCCGGAGUUGCAAGGCCUGCCUCGUUUCAUUUUUGGUCAGUCUAUGGGUGGUGCAGUUGCAUUGAAAACUCAUCUUAAAGAACCUGAUCAAUGGGACGGCAUGAUUCUUGUUGCUCCUAUGUGUAAAGUUGCAGAGGAAGUUAUGCCCCCUGCUGCUGUAUUAAAAGUUGCAAAUGUCCUCUCGAAUGUUAUUCCAGAAGUCAAGUUUUUUCCAACCAAAGACCUAGCAGAGCUUGCAUUUAGAAACUACAAGUACAGGGAAAUGGCUUAUUACAACAUGAUCUGUUACUCUGAUCGUGUGCGACUAAAGACUGCAAUGGAGAUUCUGAAGGUCACAAGUGAAAUUGAGUCAAAUGUCAACAAGGUGUGCUCUCCCUUGUUGGUUAUUCAUGGAGCAGCAGAUAUGGUGACAGAUCCAAAUGUGAGUAAAUUUCUUUACGAGAAAGCAUGUAGCAAGGAUAAGACCAUAAAACUCUAUCAAGGAGGCUAUCAUUCGAUUCUUGAAGGUGAACCUGACGAUGCAAUUUUCACCGUCUUUGAUGAUAUUAUCGAAUGGCUUGACACAAGAUGCUCAUCUUGAUUGAUUUUGUUUUUAUAUACAUACUAUUAUAAUUAUUAUUAUAAUUGUUUGCUGAAAUACUUCCUGUCAUUUAGGUUAAAAAUCUACUCUAGCUCUUUGUUCAAUUUCAUAUUCGCAAUUGUAUGAUACUGUAAUGUGCAUUAUUGUUCUAAGGGAAUGAGUGGAUGUACUACAACUUCGUACAGCAUGCACUGAGAAACUGUAAAAUAGAAGAUGAUUUGUUUUUGGUUGUCCUCAUCAUGCGAGUUAUUGUAUUAAAAUUUUGGACAGAAGAUUUUGUACUAGGUAGUCUUUACAGAUAAAAUCUUUUUAUUUCAUA